CACUAGAGGACCCCGUUUUGAAUCCCUUUUCUGUUUCUUGUAUCCGAGUCGUCCUCCAUCGCCAGCUCCCCCCUCCUUCCCUGCUCUCACUCCCACCUCCUCUACCUCCCUCCACUGGACUCAAAUGCUAGUAACACCGGUAACGUUAGGUUAGCAAUUGUCGGUCUGUCAGCCAAAGAUACAGAGUGUAAAGGCUUUGAUUUCCUACUCCAACCACACCAGGAGAGAACGGAAACGGAUCUAUGUGUGAUAUCCCCCAACUUGAACAAACAAGAACUGCAAGCGAGACAAGUGGACAAGACACAAUCAGGCUACAUAAUCCCACUUGGACAGCAACACGCUUGUCUAAUAAACCGACCACUGAGUGACUAGCUAACAGACAGAUUGACACUUUGACCGGACAGGGCUUUAGAUAAAUGGCUGACAAACAGAUCAGUUUGCCUGCCAAAUUGAUCAAUGGGGGGAUCGCUGGCCUAAUUGGAGUGACCUGUGUGUUUCCCAUUGACCUGGCCAAAACUCGCUUGCAAAACCAGCAAAAUGGAUCUCGCCUUUACACCAGCAUGUCAGAUUGCCUUAUUAAGACCAUCCGGUCAGAGGGGUAUUUUGGGAUGUACCGAGGAGCGGCGGUGAACUUAACACUAGUCACGCCAGAGAAAGCCAUCAAAUUGGCUGCCAAUGACUUCUUCAGGCAUCACCUCUCCAAGGAUGGAAAACUCACUCUGCUCAAAGAGAUGCUGGCAGGGUGCGGGGCCGGUACAUGCCAGGUUAUUGUCACAACUCCUAUGGAGAUGCUGAAAAUCCAGCUCCAAGAUGCUGGACGAAUUGAGGCCCAGAGGAAGCUAAUGCCAGAGACAUUUGCAGCAGGGACUGUGGAGACCAAGUCCCCCACAGCCAUGCAGCUCACCAGAGAAUUAUUUAGGGAAAAGGGUAUUGCCGGGUUGUAUAAGGGCCUUGGUGCCACGUUGCUCAGGGAUGUUCCUUUCUCCAUCAUCUAUUUCCCACUUUUUGCCAACCUGAACAAUCUGGGCAAAAGAGGCGUAGAUGGUCCUGCUCCUUUCUACGUGUCGUUUAUAUCAGGCUGCCUUGCAGGAAGCACAGCUGCUGUUGCUGUCAACCCUGUCGAUGUGAUAAAGACUAGACUGCAGUCGCUGAACCGAGGGAGCACAGAAGACACGUACAGUGGAGUGACUGACUGUAUCAGGAAAAUCAUGCGUAACGAGGGUCCAUCAGCUUUCCUGAAGGGAGCCUACUGUCGAGCCUUGGUCAUUGCACCUCUGUUUGGCAUCGCCCAGGUGAUCUACUUCCUGGGUGUGGCUGAAUAUCUCCUUAGUUUCAUGCCUAAAAAAGACAACUAAGAAGCACAUACUUUCUGCCUUUCCCUCCCACGAUGCAUCAUACCAAUUGCGUGAGGAUUCAUCUCAUUCUAAAAGAAAUAUUAUAUGGGUCAGAGCAUGACCGAUCAUUACAUUUUUGUUUAAUUUGUUGUGUUGAAUGUGAAAACAGUGUAGGAGGGAGCCUUUGUUUGCCAAGCUGCCUAUGGUGGCACACAACAAUCCAGUAGGCAUGCUGAGCUAGCUCUCUGGAAAUGAAGCCACAAAUAUCAGUCAAAGGUUUAAAGGAAUAUUGCUUUAUAAUUACAGCAUUUUAAAGCAGUUUUUGAAUAUGAUUGUUGAAUUUUCAAAGUACAUGUACUGCCCUUGGUUGCUGCACUUGUGCAAGCCCUAUACUAUACUAAUUUUCAACAGCAUUAGUCUCUGAAUAUAGAGACUAAGUUAUCUAUUGAAAAUGACACACCAUAACUACCUGAAUUAAAUUCACAUACUUUACUUUCAUUCGAACAUUCGAAGAAGAUAUUUACUAAAAUGCUAUUCAAAGAAUUCCCCCAGACCUUAUGUCUUAAAAUAUAGUAUAUUAAGAAAUAGAGCAAAAUAUACAGUAUGCCUCUGUUUCAGACUAAGACCUAGGGAAUGUGUUGAUGUGAUACCAGCUCACUCCCUAUGAUCUUUCCUGAGAAGCCACAUCCCUUCCUGUAAGUGGUUGUAAUGAACUCAGCCAUUCAGCUCCGAGCAGACUUUGAUUGCCUUGGCUUUUUAAGUAGAUCAGGUUCCAUCUGAUAUUUAGUGCUACCACAAUGGUUCGACUGUUUUGCCUCAGCGAUAAAAAUAUCUCCUGUUUCACAGUUACACUCUAGACCGAAGAGACAGUGUGCAACAUUUGGGCAUUAUGCAUGACUAAUCUAGAUGUACACAAUUUUUUAAAACUGCCUCUAUGCUCCUUUCUAUAGGUCGAAACUGUCAAGCAUGUUGUAGUUGUGGCCACACCCCAAUCAGUGAAGUCACAGCAGAGGUUUUGCCUAGGAGGGAUGAUGGAAAACACCUGCUGGGACAUUACUGAUUGGACUGUGGCCAAAAGUGCUCUGCACUUUAAAAAUUUCAGUCCACAGAUAGCAGAGCGGCAGUGGUUUUCUUCCCUGUUGUGAUUUCAGAUGAAAGCUUUAGCCAUAAACACUAAAUGGGUUAAAAGCAAUUUUAAUAGAAUUAUUAGUAGAUAUUUAGUAAUUAUGCUGACAAAUGGUCAGACAUUGCAUGCUGAGGCCUCAUUGUGGAGGCAUUAAGACCAUAGCUGGGGUAGUGCAAACCCUUUGGAUCCAAACGUAAUUAUUAUUGUUUACAGAUGAAUUCACACUUAAUUUAAAGUAUUUGUCCAAACUUGAAUUCAGUGGCAGGACCCAAAGAGCUAAUGAUAAACCUUUCUUUAUCAGAAAAUGAAACCAAUGGGUUUUCAGUGUUCUAUGAUUUUUACCAAACAUCUCGGCUUGUUUGCUUUAGAGGUUUUGUUUGCUUUAAGCUGCUAGGGAAAGCAGCACGUCGUAUCUUGUUUAUGCAUCACAACACUGAAGCGCCGCCAUUGGUUUAUCUCGCCGGAGAUCAAGGUGACUUUGAUGUGUGUAAUCCAAUCACAUUCCUUCUUUGCUCCCACUGUUCAAGCAGCUUGUCAAUUGAACUGUUGCACUGUAGAUACACAAUGCAACUUUUCAAUGUAUUAUCAUUUGUGGGAGUGAGAUCUAUUUAUCAAUAAUCCUUAUAGGCAGUAUAGCAUUAUAUAUUUGUAUGUGUUGUUUUUUCUGUGUCAAAGUUUCCACCUUAACUAUAUUGUACAUAUGCAGAUGAUAUAAACUUUACGUUUUAGGAUUUAUUGUUUGUUUUCUAAUUUGUGAUGGCUUAUUUGCGCACCUACCUCUCCAGCUCCCCCCUAAAUCCAUAUUGUGGUGAUUUUAUGUUAUGAUGGUGUGGACAUAUCAAAUGAAGGACCAUGUUUUGGUGCAACAAGCAUCAUUUGAACUUAAAUGCAGCAUAUUGAUGGUGUUUUUUACUGUAUGCAAAGGGAAACACUAGCGUAGAUCUACAGUCGGAUGUUUUUUUUGGAGGUGCCAUUUCUCCUGGUUAAGUUGGGUCAACCUAUCGUCCUGUUUCUACAGCUUUAUCAACCAGGACCAAACAUAGCAUUAUAUAAUGAUGGUAUAAAUGCAGUUUUAAGUGAAUGACCUCUGGCACUACUAAAACAGUUCUGAAAGUGAAUUAAAGCCUGGGCAAGUCCAAUAAGAGACUGGUGACAUCGGACUAUAAUUCUAACAUCUGUCUUCUUGAAUGGUGCUUCAUUCAUGAGGUAGCUGGAAUUUGUCAUUGAUGGCACUAUUGACCAAGGCUGUUCCUACUGAAUCACAUGCAAGUGAAUCUCAGCUUUGUCAGUGUGUUAACUGAAAGCCAUAGGUCAGGGAGGGACAGCACAACUGCUAGACAUGGACUGGCAUCUCCAGCCGUGCUGACAGAUGUCGGCUGAGCUACAGGAAAAUGUCAAAAAGUUGACUCGUGUGAGCUAGUCUUUAUAAAAUACUGUUGUAGUUUUUCAACAUUCCAAUUGCCAGUUCAUCUCAUAUUAUUGUGAUCAUAUUGCCUAUAAUUGUGUUGUUGAGAUUAUUGUUAUGAUUUUUUAACUUCCCCACCCACCUCAUUGUUUUCAGAUUUUUUUUAAAUCUGUUUCUUUGUUUGAAUCUUGAAAAAGUUGUGCAAGUCACUGAGCUGUGAAUUUUCACUGACCUUGUGCAUUUGGUUAUGUAUGUGCGUGUGUGUGUGUCUGUUUGGUUGUGUAGUGCUGUAGUUGAUGUGUAGUUGUUAGUGUGACACUGCGGUAUUUUUCUCUUUGAUUGUAAGACCCAUUCUCUCUCCCCUCUUCCCUUCUAUCUGUCACACUCCUCUGUCAUCUACUCUCCCCAACAUCCACAGCUGGGGCUGCAGGUAAAUGCUGAGAAGUUCUCAAACACCAAAUGUAUAACUAAGAGUGUAUACAGUCAAAGAAAGCACAAAGGAUUUUUAGGCACAAGAGACUACAUGGCCCACUUUGAAUAUACUCAGACAAAGUCCUUGGAAAUCCAUGUGCUGCUUUUACAGGAAUGGAUUAUAGUGUGAUUUAUUGCAGUGGAGAUGUGAAUUGAGAUGAACUUUUCAGUCUUGUAAGUUUAUCUAUGUCUGUAAAACUUGAUCCAUAGGGCUGAGGCGACUUAUAAUGAUAGAUGGUGUCCACUACGUCACCAAUCAGCAUUUAUCCACAAAAUGUAUAUUGCCUACACAUUCUAAAUGAAUCAGAUAUAAGAAUGUAUCUUAGAUAUAAUGAGAUGUAUUAUACACAUAGUGAAGAGUUUAUUACAUUUUAAUCUAGAGAUUUGUGCUUUACACAUUCACUGAAAACAUUCAUGAACCAGCUCACUGAUAUGCAAUAGGUAGAAGCCACACAUAGAUUCACACUAAAAGAAACAAAACACAAUGUAUGAUGCAAGCGGGGAUCUUCCGGGGUCUCUUCACAGCCUCUGUUGUCUUCCUCCAAGAGGAAUUGUGCAUUAUAGCACUUUUAAACAAGGACCCUCACCCCACUAUCCUUCCACAAAGUCUCUCUCUCUGUGGCAAAGAGGGUGGUUAUGAAUAUGUAAAGUGAAUGACACAGUUUGACCUAGACAUUUUAUGACAAUGUAAUUGAAAAAAAACAACAGAAUAUUCCCUGUCACAAUUUGCUGUUCAAUAAACUGACUGUCCUGAAA